AUGGAAUUAAUUGAAGAAAAUGUACAGUACAGGCUGUACGACAGACGUAGCAAUUUCAGGAAGUUUAACGAGUUCGCAUUUCCUGAAGAGAUAUUCUCAUUGAGCCUCAAGUACAACCUUAUGGACAAAACAGAAGUGAUUUCUGCAAAUACUGAUUUCUCUCUUACAACUUUCAAAAUUCAGAACGAAGGUUUCACACCAGAUUUGGAGUUUAAAGGGCAUGCAGACAGAAUCUCUGAAGUAAAAUUCAGUGAUAUAAACGAUGAACACCUCCAAAAUGCAGUCAUCAGUGUUUCGUAUGAUAAAACCUUGAAACUCUGGGAUAAGCGAGCAGCUGAAUGCAUUUUCUCAGUCAACUCUCCUAAUUCAAGGGAGCUUUACUGAGUUGACAACACCGGAAAGCAAAUUAUAGCAGGAUCUCAUGAGUCAGUGAUGAUCUGGGACCUCAGGAAGAUGAAAGUGCUCCAUCAUUUCACUGAACUCCAUUGUGAUGAAGUUACAAAGGUAGAGUAUAGUGCUUCCAAUCCUAAUCUUAUUCUCACCUCAGGAGAGGAUUGAGUUUGCAACCUACUUGACCUUGAAAAUGCAGAGAAGGAGGAUGAUUAUGUAGAAGCUACAUAUACAUCAGAGCAGCCAUUAGCUAGUUGAGGCUUCAUUGGAGAUACAGGCUUGGCUUAUCUCAUCACCAGUAUCAACACUGUUGAAAUUCUCAGUCUUGAGACCAUGCUUCCAGUAAAGACCUUGGACAACUUCGAUUAUGAUAUAAAUUACGCUAUUCAGGCACAAUUUCUUGAUGAUAGGAUGCUCUUCUUCAUGGGCAAUAAUCUUGGCGAAGCCUAUAUUUACCAAUAUGACAAAGAACACAAUGACUUCCAGUUCUUGGACAUGAUCCUCACUAGUGAUCAGGAUUCUGCAGAUCCUGAAUCAACUGAGAGCAUUGUAAUCAGAAAUGCUUUUUGAAUAGACCAAGAAAAUAUAGCUGUGUCUACUGACAGAGGAGAUCUUUACCAUUACAGACAUAAUCCUGAAGAAGAGGAGAAGACAAGUCUAGAAAUCAACCACGAGUUUAAAAUUGAAGCUUCUAAGGAAGAACAUCAAAAUGGAGUUUUAGAGGAAAAUGAAGAAAUUAUUGAGGACACGCAGGAAUCAUGAGAGGCUAGGCAAGCAAGAAAGAAGCGUAGAUUUAAACCAUUCUAAACAUCU